AUGUUCUGUACUAAGUUACUGGCUAAGGCACGUCACACUCGUAAGACCCACAAAGAUAGGACUGGAUAUCUCCAGGAUCUGCAGCGAAUUGAAGCGAAAGUUUUCCAAGUUUUCCAAGUUGCCCAGUAUGUCGCACAUAGCUUUCAAGGUUUGCCUAUUUUAGAGGAUGCAUUUUCCAGCCACCGUUAA